AUAAACCAUAAAUUUACAAGAAAAAUGGAGGUAGAUUCACUAAUCAAACAUGAUUACUUCAAAUUCUAUGACUCCGUCAUUGAAGCCCUUAGUUCAUUUUCUCAAUUCAAAUUCAUUAUUGCCUUUAUAUUGAUCCUUGCCUAUAUCCACAUAACUCGGAGGCGUGCCAACAUCUACCUUGACGAUUUUGCGUGUUUUCAACCACCCGAGUUCCACCGUGUUUCCAUAGGUGCAUUCAUAGAACACUCAGCACUGCGAGAGAAAGAGUUCAGAACAUCAGAAGUAAACGAGUUCGAAAAGAAAGUGAUCACAAGGUGUGUAUUCCAAAAAGCCGAUGAUGAGGGUAAGGUAGGGGUGUCCCUCUCUAGAACGGUGGUCCAUGUUGCAGGGGAAGCGUUGAAAACCAACUUGACUACCCUAGGACCUCUAGUGUUACCCUACUCGGAACAAAUACGAUUUGCCUUCCAUUUUGUGCGGAACAAGAUUAGGCCAUGGAAGAAGAAGCAAGCUCCUUAUGUCCCGAAUUUUAAGAAGGCUUUUGAUCAUUUUUGUAUCCAUGCCGGAGGUAAGGCCGUGAUAGAUGCAAUCAAGGAUAGGUUGAGUUUAAGUGAUAGGGACGUCGAGGCAUCUAAGAUGACACUUUAUAGGUUUGGGAACACUUCAUCCUCUUCUACAUGGUAUUCUUUAUGCUAUCUUGAAGCUAAAAAGAGAGUUAAGAAGGGUGAUAUGGUAUUCCAAUUGUGUUUUGGGAGUGGGUUUAAGUGUAAUUGUGCUGUUUGGAAGUGUAUUUCUAAGGAGGUUAGCAAGGAUAUUUCCAAUGCAUGGACUGAUAGGAUAAAUAGGUAUCCUGUUGAUGUACCUGAAAUAAAUGAACAUUGAACAUAAAUAAAAUCAUAGUCAUGAUAAA